AAAAAAUAUUAUUCUUCCUAAAACAAACUGUAAACUAACAUUCUAGAAGGAAAAUAAAAAAUUACUCCAUAUUUUCCGACAAAAUGAUUUGGCCAAACCCCAGAAAAGAAUAAAAAAACAGUAGAAAAAAUAAUUAUUAAAACAAGAUCAGUCAUGUGGCAACUUUUGAUUGCUCUAGUUCCUAAUUCCUACCAUAAAUACCCACACUAGGUUCUUCUCCUUCACGCCCUACGAAUGCAACACAAGAAAUUAAAGAAACAAUGAGUUUUGGUGAGGUGAAUCCUGAGUUGAUUCCGGGGUUACCCGAAGAGCUGGCACUCGAGUGCUUGACUAGGUUACACCACACGACACACCGACACGCUGCCGGAGUUUGCCGGAGGUGGAGGGAGCUUCUCCAAAGCAAAGAUUUUUACCACCAGAGGAAGCAAAAUGGACACACCCGUUUGACGGCUUGCUUGGUGCAAUCGGUUCAGGACGCCUCCAGUCCUGAUUGGUGCAAACCGGUUGGUCCACCAAACUACCGGAUCACAAUUUUUGACCCCGUGAGUGGCUCAUGGAGCCGUGUUGGUCCGGUUCCGAAGUGCCCUAAUGGACUUCCCUUGUUUUGUCAAGUAACAAGCUCUGAAGGGAAGCUCAUCGUGAUCGGCGGGUGGGACUCGACGACUUUCAGGCCGGUUAGGGAUGUGUUUGUGUAUGACUUCAUGGUCCAAAGAUGGAGGAAAGGUAAGGAUAUGCCGGAGACUCGGUCUUUUUUCGCAAUCGGCCAGUUAUGUGGUCGAGUCAUUGUGGCCGGCGGUCAUGAUCACCAGAAGAACGCGUUGAGAACGGCUUGGGCCUAUGAUGUGGUCCAAGAUGAAUGGACCGAAUUGAGCCCAAUGAGUCAAGAACGGGACGAGUGUGAGGGAGUGGUGGUUGGGUCGGAGUUUUGGGCCGUAAGUGGGUACAAAACGGUUUCCCAAGGUGGGUUUGAGGGUAGUGCAGAGGUACUGAAUCUUGGGUCGGGCCAGUGGAGGCGAGUGGAGGAUGCAUGGAAAGUGGGUCAAUGUCCAAGGUUACGAGUCAAGGUGGGUAGAGAAGGGAAUCUGUCUAAUUGGGCAGGGUAUGGGCCAGAAGCCCAAGGUGGGAUGUGUGCGGUCCAGCUGGAUGAAUGGGCCUUUGUGUCUCAGUCAGCCUACCAAGGAAGGCCACAUGGGUUCUUCAUGCUCAAAGAGCAGUCUGGUAAACUGGAGAAGAGAGAUGUCCAUGUUCCUGUAGAGUUCUCUGGGUUUGUACAAUAUGGUUGUGUUCUGGAGAUCUAAGAAAUGCAAUAAAAAGAGAAGAAAAGUUUUAACAUUUC